GGGAGUUUGUUUGUUGUCACAUUUGUUUUGACAUACCACGUUGUUUUUGGUUAGAACAAUUAAAAUUAUUGUUUCAAAUAUUAUAAAAAAUAAACCGAUCACCACAUUAAUAAUGCACAAUGUCAACAGACAUUUUAGAACUGUUAAACUCACCAGAAAUGACAAAAGUUUGCGCUCCAAUGGUGCGAUACAGCAAAUUAGCUUUUCGGACAUUAGUGAGACGUUACAACUGCGAUGUUUGUUUUACACCCAUGAUCGUGGCUGAUUCCUUUGUGAAGGCCAAAGAAGCGCGUGACAAUGAAUUUUCAACAAAUGUUGGAGAUAAACCUUUGAUUGUUCAAUUUGCAGCUAAAAAUCCAGACGAAUUUGCUGAUGCUGCUGAAUUAGUUGCUCCAUACUGCAGUGGAGUGGAUUUAAACUGCGGGUGUCCUCAGAGCUGGGUAAUGAGCGACGGUUACGGCGCGCGGCUACUAGAGAACCCGCAGCUGGUCAAAGACCUAGUUCUGCAAGUGCGAAAUCGCAUCCCGGCUCCUUUUACAGUUUCCGUAAAAAUCCGGCUGCUGAAUGACGUAAAAAAGAGCGUGAACUUUUGCAGAACAAUGGAACAAGCUGGAGUGUCGUUCCUGACAGUCCACGCGCGGACUCCGCAGAUGAGAAAGGAACCUAUCAACAUGGAGGGUCUGAAACUGAUCCGCGACUGCGUUGACGUUCCUCUGAUAGCCAACGGCAACGUCAGGUCCCUAGAAGACGCCGAGGCGCUCCACCAAGAGUCCAAGUGCCAAGGAGUCAUGGUGGCUAGCGCGAUGCUGAAGAACCCAGCAAUCUUCUCCGGAGCUCCCGUGACUCCUCUCAGCUGCGUUCAAGACUGGCUUGAUAUUUCUUCAGCGAUCCCGACAAAGUUCCUCGUCAUGCAUCAGCAUCUCGUGUUCAUGCUGGAGAAAAUCUUGCCCUACGAAGAGCGGCUGGUGUUCAAUGUUCUCAAAAACUCCCAAUCUGUCUACGACUUCAUUGAGUCUUACUAUAAUUUAAAGCCUAGAGUCCGCUCAGACUUGGAUUUUAUCAAGCCCAUUGAUUGUGAUUAUUAUAUCAAGAGUUUUGAUAAGAAGCGCAAGUUUUUGGAUGUUCUGAUGGAUGAUCCAGAUACUAAUGAAUCAUUUUUUUCUGGAUUUUUUAAUUGACUGAGCAUCAACCGGUUAGUUGAUGAUUUUUUUUUAGAAAAAUAAAUGUACAGUAACAAUGAAAAGUUAAGCAAAAAUAUUUGACAUUUGUAAAAUCGAUCGGCAAGCGACGCGUGCGCGCCUCAUUUUCUGUAAUAUAUUAAAUAUAUUUACUAUCCAGAAAGAA